GAACUGUCAGGAUAAUAAAUAUAAAAUGAAAUGUUAACAAGAAUUUACAUCUGUCUUUAGCUUGCAGAAUUUUAGGCAGCUUCACUAAGAAAAGGCAAAUCAGCUUGACUUUGUGUAUUGGUUCAGAGGAUUGAAAAUGGGCCUGUAACGAUGUUUGGGAUACCAUGAGCAGUGUCACACUACGCUAUUUCUGCUAUGGGUGCCUCUUCGCAUCAGUGACCUGGACCCUAUUCCUGUUCAUCUACUUCAACUUGAACAAUGAAGGCUACACUUUUGGCAAUGUGCCCUUUGAGGGGAGCCAGCAGGCGCAGUGGAAAUUCCAGCCACGAGUUACUAAAGGCCCCGUACGACUGCUUGAAUCUCGGCACCAUGGUAAUAUAGACAAUCAGAAUAUGAAACAAAUGCCAAGCGAUUCAGAGAGAAAAUUGUCACUGUCUUCAGAACUAGGUAUGAUUUUCAAUGAAGCAGAUCAACAGAUUCGAGAUGCUGGAUACCAGAAACAUGCUUUCAAUGUGCUUGUCAGUAAUCGUUUGGGCUACAGUAGAGAUAUUCCUGAUACCAGAAACCAAAAGUGUAAAGAAAAGAACUAUCCACUGAAUUUACCUUCUGCCAGUGUUGUUAUCUGCUUUUAUAAUGAAGCUUUAUCAGCUCUGCUGCGGACAGUACAGAGUGUGUUGAAUCGUUCUCCAGUGAACCUGCUGCAUGAAAUUAUACUUGUGGAUGACAGUAGUGAUUUCAUUAAUCUAAAAGGUGAGCUGGAGGAUUAUAUACGGAAUAGCUUGCCUAGAAAAGUGAAACUUGUUAGAAAUGCUGGACGAGAGGGCUUGAUACGAGGUAGAAUGAUUGGAGCAUCCCAUGCAACAGGACAUGCCUGGGUAAUUUUCUACAUUGUUGGGUAG